UAGGAGAAAGCCAGCAGCAGCUAGCUAGUCUUUAGUAGGGUUUAUAUCCCCACAACCACACAGAGAAGGGAAGACCGGUCGAUUUGUGAUUUGAAAAAUGGGGUGGAAAGCAGCUGAGAAACUGAUUAGGCACUGGAAAGUACUCAGAGGAGAUAAUGUUAUGAUAAUCAGAGGAAAGGAUAAAGGUGAGACUGGCGUUGUUAAGCGUGUCGUUCGCUCUCAAAAUCGUGUUAUUGUCGAGGGCAAAAAUCUGGUGAAAAAGCACAUCAAGGCAGGUGAAGGUCAUGAAGGUGGAAUCUUUACCGUUGAAGCCCCACUUCAUGCAUCAAAUGUUCAAGUUGUUGACCCAGUUACAGGGAGGCCAUGCAAGGUUGGAAUUAGAUAUCUAGAAGAUGGUACUAAAGUAAGAGUUUCAAGAGGUGAAGGAUCAUCUGGGUCCAUAAUUCCUCGUCCUGAGAUUUUAAAGAUAAGGACAACUCCAAGACCUACUGUUGCUGGUCCCAAGGAUACCCCAAUGGAUCUUGUGUUGAAGAAGACAUACGAUGCUAAAACCGGGACGGGAAUGCCUGACCUGUGAGCAAAUCUUGUUCAUUUUUGUGGCAGACAUUAAGCAUGUUGAUGAGAAGUGUUGCGCAAUGUGAAAAAUAAUGAUUUUGUAUGGAAUUCAGCUCCCAGUUUUACCAUUUGAUUAGCACAUUUUGAAAGUGGGAUGUUUGGAUUAAUUUGUAAUCGCUCAAGUGUAGCUGAUCUGCCUAUGUGUGGGUGUUUCUUGCCUGCGUUCA